AUGCCCAUCAAAAAUACCAGAUUGAAUAUAAAGAAUGAACAGUUUAUCAAUGUUAUUGAUAGAUGCUUAGUUCCAAAACUUGCCAAAUUUUACGAAGAAGCUGAUGAAUAUCCCGAGUUUCAAACAAGGAAUAAUUACUUAGGUGAUAAUUUCCCAAUAAUACUCAAAAACUUACAGAACUUUACCAAAAACGAGUUGCAAAAGAAUCCAACUGGAGUUGCUAUUUUAAUAAUCUUGUAUUAUGAAUUGAACUCUAAUGCAAAAUGGAAUACACCUCGCCUUACAGACAUUGCCAAGAAAUUGAAUGAAGUAUUCAUAAAGAUUACCGAUAUAUCCUUAGAGUCAGUCUUUAUCAGUAAUAAUAGUUUUGACUCAGAAAUAGUAUUCUAUGAAUGUUUUGAAAUGCUUCACUUGAAAUUAACUUCCGACAAUAUCAGAUUGUACCCAACACAAGUUUUAGUAUACUGCAAAUUAUUGGAAAAUAUACAAAAUUACUAUAUGGCUUUAAUACCCUCGAAAAUAUUUCCAAUUACUUUACUCCUUAUAGAGGAUUCAUCAAAUUUCUAUAAAAGGAAAGGAUUACAUUGUUGUUCAGUCUUAUUAAAGUGUCUGAAAACUGAAGAUUUUAAAAAUGGCAACUAUUAUGAAGUAAUAUUUAAAACCUUGAUCAGAAACCUAUGUGAAAAAGAUCUCGAUCUUUUAAAAUUAACACUGUCAAGUAUUCUUCAAUUAUGCAAAAUAUUACCCGAAUUUAUCAAGAGUAACAAGUUAGACGAAUUGUAUAUCAGUUGCUUGGAUCAAAUUUCAAUGGAAUCAAAUUUAUAUAGGAAGGUGGAAUAUUUUAAUUUCAUUAGUAAUGUUAUCACUAUUCACAAGGAAAAGUGUUGCAACAAGAGUUUAUUCAAACAUAUUGUGUAUCAAAACUUAGACAUAUGCACCAACACAACAGUGAUAGAAAUUAUAUGUAAACCUCUCCUUUUAUGUCUGGAACAAUGGAUUGUUUACUGCUGGCCAGUGUGGAAAUACAGUUUAGACCACAAAAUGCUUUCAUCUCUUCUUAAAGUGUUAUAUGUAUGUAAAGAAGAGAUUUUGGUAAACCUAAUACAAAAAAUUAUUGUUAUUUUGAUCUCUCUAUGUACACCAAUUGAACAAAAGCAGUUAUUACACCACUUGGAGAAAUAUCAAGAUAUUCAAUGUGAUUUUUAUAGUAAUAAAGUAGAAAAAAUAAUAUCAGUUUUUAAGAUGUAA